GCAGCGGCCACAGCCGGCCUGUGGCAGCGCCGCCCGCCUGGUUGCCUUUGCGGACCUGGCGGCGGCGACCGUGGGAGCUCAUGGAGCUUUCAAGAAACUCCUCCGAUGGGACCAGGAGGUGGACGCGCCUGGGCCGUUGCCGGCAUUUCUUUUGGCUGGGCGUGGUCUUCGACACGGUGGGCCUGACAGUGCUGUUCACCGGGGUCUUCGCUGACCUGCUGUUCUACGACCUGCUGCUCUACCUGGGUUCCAUCAUCAUCUUCUUCAGCCUCCUCUGGUGGGUCUUCUGGUACACCGGCAACAUCGAGCUGAGCGCCGAGGACGCCCUGAAGAGGCCCUUCCCCGUGCCCUCCUCCACCGUGGUGGAAGCCCUCAGCCAGGGCGUGGGCCACCGCCUAUCCUUCACCGUCUGCAGCGUCUCCACCACCCUUCUGCGGAUCCGGCGGCGGCGGCGCCCCAGGAGGGUCGUUCAGAGGACGGCUUCUCUGAGUAUGACCGUCACGGACCAGGUGGAAAGACAGCUGGAAAAGGAGGCCCAGGACAAAGACGGAAUGAGAAGUGUCCAGGAGAGCGGCGGCGCCCAGGAUGUUUGCAGAGGGGAUCUGGGCCCCAAAGCUGAAACUGUCGCAAGUUCCGAGGCAGUUCGCCCCCCAGGGCCUGAUGCUGGUCCUCUGGACCCCGAGGCUGGGCUGCCAAGAUUUGUUAAACGACCAUCUGCGCGUCUGGUGCAGCCUGAGUUCUCUCUGUCUCCUCUGGACCAGGCUCCGCCUCCAGCCAUCCUCCCGUCAGAGAGCCUGCCCGUAGUUCCCUUGGCCUCUACUUGCCAGCCUCUGGCUAUUCUUACUUCGAAGAGCCAUUCCGUCCUUUCCUGGGCCUCUGUGAGCCAGCCUCCAGUCACUCUUGCCUCUGCAAGCCAGCCUGCUGUUCCCUUGGCCUCUACCAGUCAGCUUCCACUCAUCCUUGCCUCCCAGAGC